AUGACUGAGAAAGAAGAAGUCCCAGUUGUUGAGCAGAAGGGAAAGCCCCAAAAGCAAAAGGGCCAGAAGAAGGAGAAGCCACAGAAGCAACAAGGAAAGCAGGAGAAGAAGCAAGCCCAAGCUUCACAGCGUGCUGAUCUUACCUUCCACGUUCCAAAAUCAAACUUUUCAGAUUGGUACGAAGAGCUCAUGGUCACAGCCGGUAUCGUUGAUAAGCGCUGGGAUAUCAAGGGCAUGCCAAUUUUCUGCUCUUAUGGUUAUACAAUGCACAACGAAAUUAUGCAUCUCUUCGAGGUUGCCUACUCCAAGAUCGGAGUUCCAAUGACACAAUUCCCAGCUUUCAUUCCACGUUCAUUCCUUGAAGCCGAAGCUGAUCACGUUAAGGGCUUCCAAUCCGAGUGUUUCUGGCAUGAGGACGAGAUGUGCCUUCGUCCAACAUCAGAGACAGCCAUGUACUCCAUGUUCGCAAAGUGGGUUAAGACAAUUGAAGACCUUCCAGUCAUGGUUCAGCAAUCCUGCAACGUUUACCGUUACGAAACAAAGGGAACAAAGCCACUUAUCCGUGUUCGUGAAAUUCCAUGGAAUGAGGCCCAUACAGCCCACGCCACACCACAAGAGGCUCUUGACAUCCUCGGCAAGUUCUGGGACAUCGUCCACGAUAUUCUUACAACAAAGCUUUCCAUCGACGGCCUUCGUCUUCGCCGUCCAGAUUGGGACCGUUUCCCAGGCGCUGAGUUCACAGAUGUUCUUGAUGUUGUCAUGCCAUGUGGCCGUGUUCUUCAGAGUGUCGGUGCUCACUACCUUGGCCAGCAUUUCAGCAAAGUUUUCAAGAUCCAAGUUGAUGGCGAAUUCUCUUACAUGACCUGCAUCGGUGUUUCCACAAGAUGCCUCGCUGCAGUCCUCUCCGCUCACGGUGAUGACAAGGGUCUCAUUAUCCCAACAAUCAUCGCCCCAAUCCAGGUUGUCAUUGUCCCAAUUCUCCGCAAGGACAACGACGCUUUACUCGCCAAGGUCGCUGAGAUGAAGAAGGAACUCAGAGCCGCUGGAAUCCGUGUCCACAUCGAUGAUGAUACAACACGCAGCCCAGGCGAGAAGUUCUACUACUGGGAGAUGAAGGGUGUUCCACUCCGUAUCGAAGUUGGCCCACGCGAUCUCGAAAAGAACGAAUGCGUUCUCGUCGUCAGAGGAAUCGAAGGAAAGUACUCAGUCCACCUCUCCGCAUUCGCUCAGGAAUGCCAGGACUGGCUCGUCAAGUACGAUGACGCUCUCCGUGAACGCGCUCUCGCUCACCUUCAUUCCCGCAUCGUCGAUUGCAACAACCUCGACGAUCUCCCAGGAAUCCUCGAAAAGGGUGGCUUCGCAAGAAUCCCAUACUGGACAAUGGGCAAGGAAGGUAAGGAAGGAGCUGAGAGAGUCCACGACAUCUGCGGUGGUGAAAUCCGUGGCUACAGACCAUUCGAAGAACAGCCAGCUGAAGGUGUUAAGUGCCUCCUUACAGGAAAGCCAGCUAAGUUCUGGGCUUACGUCGCUCGUUCAUACUAA